CGUCACACCAGGAAGUGUUGCGGAAAUGAAGGGCAAGGACGCGCUGUUAACGGUGGAAAAAGCGAACUGGGCUAUUUAUCCGGUAGUUUUACGCUAGACAGCUCAGCGUGGAGAUUCCCAUCCAGAGGCAGGCUCCAGACACCCCCCAGGAGAUGUCGUCGGGCUGCCCCCCGCAGUCCCCGGCCGUGGCCAAGACGGAGGUGGCGGUAGAUGGGUCCUGUCCCCUGCUGGCCGCCACCUUCGCCUACUGGGACAACAUCCUGGGGCCACGCGUGCGGCACAUCUGGGUUCCUCGGGGCCCCCCAGCGCUGGCAGUGCAUCUGGGUGACGGCGAUAUCACCUUCUUGGCCAACCACACGCUGAACGGCGAGAUCCUGCGCAGUGCAGAGAGCGGUGCCAUCGAUGUCAAGUUCUUCGUGCUCUCGGAGAAGGGCGUGGUCAUCGUGUCGCUCAUCUUCGACGGCGAGCUGAAAGGUGACCGCAACACCUGCGCCCUCUCCGUCAUCCUGCCGCAGGCCGAGCUCGGCUUCUACCUACCGCUGCACGCCGUCUGUGUGGAUAGGCUCAAACACAGCAUCCGGAAGGGCCGCAUCUGGAUGCAGAAGGGUUACAACAUCGUGUCGGUGCUGACGUCGGAGAUCGUCCCCAUUAUGGAGCUGCUGUCCUCCAUGAAGACCCACAGUGUCCCAGAGGACAUCGAUAUUAAGGACACGGUUCUGAAUGACGACGACAUCGGGGACAGUUGUCAUGAAGAUUUCCUGCACAAAGCCAUCAGCUCUCAUCUGCAGACCUGCGGCUGUUCAAUGGUGGUUGGGAGCAACCCCGACAAAGUCAAUAAGAUCGUCCGCACACUGUGCCUGUUCCUCACGCCGACCGAACGCCGGUGCUCCCGACUCUGCAAAGCUGACGGCUCCUUUUCCUACGACACCGGCCUCUUCGUUCAGGGUCUGCUCAAGGACUCGACGGGCAGCUUUGUGCUGCCCUUCCGGCAGGUGCUGUACUCGCCGUUCCCCACGACGCAUAUCGACGUGGACGUCAACACGGUCAAACAGAUGCCGCCGUGCCACGAGCAUGUCUACACGCAGCGGCGCUAUAUGCGGGCCGAGCUAGGCGCACUCUGGAAGGCGGCCGGCGAGGACGACGUGCUGCCCGACACAGUCAUCCACACCGACGAGACCUUCACACCCGACCUGAACAUUUUCCAGGAUGUCAUGCACAAGGACACCCUGGUGAUGGGCUUUCUGGACGAGGUGUUCCUGCUGAAGCCGGGCCUAUCGUUGCGCAGCACCUACCUGGCCCAGUUCCUGCUGUUGCUGCACAGGAAGGCCCUCACGCUGCUGAAGUACAUCGAGGACGAAACGCAGAAGGGGAAGAAGCCUUUUCGCUCCCUGCGCAGCCUGAAGACCGACCUGGACCUGACCUCCGAGGGCGACCUGAACAUCAUCAUGGCCCUGGCCGAGAAGCUCAAGUCCGGCCUGCACUCCUUUGUCUUCGGGAAGCCCUUCUACACCAGUGUCCAGGAGCGCGAUGUGCUCAUGGGGUUUUGAGGUUUCCUGCAUCCACGGCCCCCACCUGGCAGGAAAGACCCGGAUCCUCCAGUACUAUAUGAGUCUUGAGCAGUUUUUCCCAACCCGGUCCGGGGGAGCCCACAGACAGUGCACGUUUUUGCUCCCUCCCAUCUCCUAGCUAGACAGUCCACAUUUUUGCUUCCGGGAGUUGGGAGGGAGCGAAAACAUGGACUGUCUGCAGGUCCCUGAAGACGGAUUGGGAAACACUAGUCUUGGACUUGGCUGGCACUUUGACUGUAGGGAUACCCAUCACAUGAACUCCCCCUGGGUCCUACGGCCCUCCAGUUCCUGGAGCUAGGCUUUGUUCUGCCCUGGAGUGGAAACCUGACCCCUGUACAGGUGGAGGUGGACAUUUCAGUGAUGAGGAACCCCACCGCUCCAAGUAACGUGUGGUUGCCAGAUUGUGUGAAGUCAUACUUUCAGUGUGAUCGUUUCAAACUCUCGAUGUUUAAAGGAGCUGCCGGUCUUUGAUCUACUGGUGCUUGUCUCCGCGGCGUCCGAUCCCCUUUGUUUCAUAAGAGUCAGGCUUCGUUUUAUAGCUGUAAUAUGUAAUGCUUAUCUCCAUGUAUUCUGACUGUGUAUAUUUGUGUGGUGUCACAUGAGUUGCUGCUUCAGAGGUGAAAGGUCAUGUGCUGCGUACCACCAUAGAACUCUCACAGAUGCUCGAGGAUUUCAGGCCGAAGUUCUGCUGUUCUUCCUGGUGUGAAGAAGAGGAGUCCUGGUUCAGCCCUGGAGGCCUCACUUCCAAAAGAUAUGCAGGUGUCUUCAUGAAUCAUCAGCUGUGAUGAGCGAAGGGCCUGGAAGUACCUUCAGGUCCGUGUCAACAUGCGAGCAGCGGUUGGGCUUUGAAACCGAUCACUGACGACGCUGCAUCCCAGGCAGCAGGAACGGCGUACGUAAAGGUGUGUGUGUGUGUGUGUGUGUGUGUGUGUGUGUGUGUGUGUGUGUGUGUGUGUGUUUCAAUGCCAGUACAUACGGUGUCUGAACAGAAUGUGUUUUUUGUGAACAUACCUGUGGAAAGAUGUACUGGAAAGGAUAGCUGAAGAAUUACGUCGCAGUGCAAACUCGCUUGCUGCAGUAUGAAUGCCGUAGAUCCGCAGAGCCGCUUAACACCGUACCUUACAUUAGUUCUGCAGCACCGGCAUUCAUCACCAUGUGUGAUUUAUCUUUCUUGCAUUAUUUAAACGAUUGCCUUGGUUUUCAUCUGUUGAUUCGCAUCCCGGGCAUGUUUGGUUAUUCUCAGGUAUGUAAUUACAUUUUAAAACCUGUUGCUUGGUUAAUCCGUUUAAUUACCAGUUUCCAUCUCGCCCUCCACCAUGCGCAUGCCUCGGAUUAACUACCAUAUAUUGUGGCUGUAUUUUUACACUGGAAAAGUUUCUUAAUAAAUGGUUUAAUUUAAA